AUGGCAUUCAGACUAUUCGAGGGUGCAGAACAUUCCUCUGUGUACGCUAAAUUCCGGUCUGUAUGGACAGCGGACAUCACGGAUAGGGUCUUAACAUAUCUUCAGGAGAGACAUCCAGCACCAUAUGACCAUGCCAUAGAUGUCGGUUGUGGCUCAGGUCAGUUCACACAGCUUCUGGCCCCUCACUUUAAACAAGUGACGGGUAUAGACAUCAGCUCUAAUCAGAUUUCAGAAGCAAUCAAAGGGAAUCAGAGAAAGAAUAUCACAUACAAAACGGGUUCAGGCGAAUGUUUUCCAAUAGCUGACCAGUCUGUGGAGCUAGUUACCUGUGUUCAGGCCGCCCACUGGAUUGAUAUGGACAAGUUCUAUGCUGAAGCUUACCGGGUGCUAAAAUCGAACGGCUGCGUGGCACUGAUUUCAUAUACCAUACCAGAAUUCGGCGCACAUCCACCAGCAAAAUUCUUGACAAAACUUCUUGGGAAUUAUUAUGACAACCUUUGGCGAAAAUCUUGCUGCGAUGAAAUGUUAAACAGGAUAAAACAUCUCUCCAACAGGUACCCGGAUGAAAUAUUUGCCUGUAGACCGCCACUGAAAGAUCAUCUCAGGGACGACACAAUGGCCAUGGAACAUGACAUGACAGUGGAGGAAGUCGUUGGAUAUGCAAGUUCCAGCAGCAGUUAUGUCAGAUAUGUUAAGAAAUAUUCCAGCAGUGACAUAUUGGAGACCUUGCAAAGAAACAUGCUAAAAACGUUGGGACAGGAUGCCACCUUAGAUACUGUUCUACGUGUCACAUUCCCAGUAUUUAUCUUAUUCGGCAGAAAGCCUGGUUAA